AUGAGGAUGUGUUUAACCCAGGAAGUGGGAAACUUCUUGGUGAUUAAUUCCAUAUCAAAGUUGACCCGAAUGUUAAACCAGUACAAGUUAAGCCUCACGGACACAGAUCUCUGUGGCAAAUCUGGGAAGGGUAAACAAGAAACUGGAAAGGUUAUGCGAGGAAGAUACGAUAGCUCAAGUAGCACAGACCACAGAGUGGCUAUAUCCAACACGCUUGUGAGAGAAAAACCAGAUAGAAGAAUUCGUAUAGAUCCGAGUCGAACUGUAAAUAAAGCAAUAAGGAGACAUGUCCAACCUGUGCCAACCAUUGAAGAAAAUUUACCUUUUCUUAGAACAAGUGCAAAAGUAUUCACAGUAGAGGACGUUUCAGAAGCGUUUCACAAUAUCGAAUUGAACAACGAAUCGUCGUUGCUAACAACUUUUCAAAGCCCAAAUGAACGUUAUCGUUAUAAACGAAUUUCAUCUGGUCGUGAAGAGUAUCAAAGAAGACAGCAGGAGUUUCUAGAAAAAUAG